GAAAUCCGGAAAGUCCCCAAAAGAGAGAUGACGGAGCACCGAAUUUCCCGCCCGUGAUUCUGAACAAUAACAGCACCCUUCUCGUAGUCGGCCGAAUCACAAUACUAGACACUAGGCUAUUCCACCUCCACGUUCUUGAGCGCAGCGGAAUUACAGGAGUAAAUCGCCAUGGGCAAUCAGAGAGCCACAAGAGUCUCGAAGAGACGCGGCCGAAAAUCCCCAGCGUCUGAUGAUGCCAACGACGAUGAUAUGCGCAAGAUUCGGAGGGAAAGGAACCGCGAGGCACAACAAGUAUUUCGAAAACGACGACAAGCCGCAGACGUAGCACAGAAGCAGCGAAUUGAGAGGCUAGAGAGUGUCGUAGAGAACAUGACCUUGCUCUUCAUUGACCUCUUCGACGAAGUCAUUGGCAACAAGGGUGUCUUAAAGCAACGGGAAGAACUUCUUGCUCUCUUCCAAGACUCAGCGACGCAGCUGAAGACGAUGGUGCAGUCCGUCAUUGAUAGCGACGACGAUGAUAAUGCGAGUCCAAGCCCUGAGUUCACCCAGCCUAUAAAUAUUCAUGAAAGUCCUUCCUGCUCUACAUCGGCUUCUACGAGUCGAAAAUGCCCACCGAGCCAGGAUUCCCUCGCCUCCGAACGAUCGAGUCCUUCCAAAGGCAUUAUUGGCGGCAAAUUUGGGGCUACUCCCACGGCCUUCACACCAGCUCCAGCUUAUGACACCGGAGGUGUUGAGACUAUUGGCUUGCCAUAUGUGCAAACUACAACUUCGAACCGUUCUUCGCAGGCCUUUUGUCUUCAACUUCUAGAAGCGACUCUAUCACAAGCAUAUCUAAUACUAGCCGACUGCCUUCCCAUCUCCCCCGACGACUUCCACAACACAUUUGGUGCAACACUACUGUACCGUACGAGAGAAGAACACCUGGGUCAAGUGCGUUGUCUACUCAGCUCGGAUAUAAACCGAAAACGCCUUGCAGCAGGGAUGCCCCCAAGGGAAGCCGUGAGGGGCUGGCAGGACCAAAACGGUCUACAGUUAGGACUUGGGCUUGCAGCAGACUAUGAGGCUGAUGCGGUACAUGGCAAGAACCUGCCACCAGGGUUUCUUACGGCACUGGGUGUUCAGAAACAAUUGCAAGAUCUCGGUGCAAGACGGUUGGGGAGUAACACCCUUGAAGUCAGUAUCACUCCCACGAUGGAGGACUCUGAUGUGGCCGUUCUCGCGUCUACGCUGUGUGCACCCACCUCUAAAACUACUGAUGUUGGCCUCGUUGGAGGUUUGACUUUUCACCUUAACGUGUCAUUGCUUAUUUCAAAUCUUACAAAUUCGGCCAAAUGCUUUUUGACUGGACCGGCUUACUCUCAGCUGGACUUUUUCAAGGCGGUGGAGGCAUCCUUGAUAUCAGCCACUGACGUCUAGGGACAAACCAAACUCCUUUCCGUCUUCAUCAUUGUGACAGUCAUCUUCAAUAGGCUGGACAACGUCUUUCAAAAGUCUUAAUUCGUAUUGCCGAGUCAUCAAGUACCUAAGCAUCACUUUGUAUUGCCUCCACGGCCAACAUGCAACCUAUUGUUUUGUGUACAGAUGCAAAGAAAUGUAGCCCUGUGACAGAGGUGUCACAAGACCUUUCACAAAAGAUACUGCCGUCAAGAUUCAAUAUAUUCAUCGAGGAAAAGACAGGCAGAUCACACUCCACGGUAGAUGUGCUUGAGAUCACACCUCCGACGAACAAUCUGAAUUUGAUCAAAUCAUUGCCAGCAUUAGCCAUGAUAAAAAACUGAGC